AUGCCCUCCCUCGUGUGCGCUUCGGCGCCAUCCGCCUACCCGCCGUAUUCCUACCCCUCUUCUUCCUCGCGGCCCUCUUCUUCCUCCUCAGACUCUUCCAUCUUCUCCGACUCCUCCUCUUCCAGUGCAUACUCUCUCCCCACUCCCGCACGUGCCACCGCUGGAUACAUGUCCGCGACCCUCAAACCCCUCCCGCCCUCCUGCCCACCCUCUGCGUCCUCUUCUCCCAGCGUCAGGAUGCGCCCCCUGCCCACACCACCAAGCGCACACUCGGACGGCUUCCGCCUCUCGCUCAACGGCCUCCCGCGCCCCCUCCCCGUACCCCCUCUCCGCCACUCGGCCUCGGUCCAGCAGCUCCGCGAGCCUCCGCCCCCGCUCACGCCCCCGCUCACCGCCGUCUCGCCCUCGCCCCGCUUCAGCCAUGGAUCGCUCCCGCUCCCACCCGUGCCCACCCAAGCUCGCCCCUCGCGCCCGCAAACGCUCCCUCCCACGAGCGUGCCAUCAGCCGAACCCGUCAAGGUGUCCCUCCAGCCGCUGCCGUCCAGCCCUCCACGCCGCACCUCCCCACGCCGCCCGACCAUCCGCCUCGCGAUCCCCGGUCCGUCCACUGCGACCCUCGCCGCAGCCCCCGCGCACCCGUCCUUCCUCUCGCCGGCCCCGGGCACGCCCAUCGCGCUCACGCUCCCAGGGCCACGCGACGCGCGCAAGCGCCGCGAGGAGGCCCUCGAGGCGAGGAUGAAGGACCUCGGCUUCGUCGAGGCGCGCUCGCCGCGCGACACGCGGCCGCGGAGCGGCUCCCCCGCCGCUGACGGCGACGGCGACGAUGAAGACGAAGACGACGAGGACCACGACGUCGUGCUGCUCGUCGACCCCGACGAGUCCGACGACGAGGGCGACGCCGCGUCGCAGCUGCCGAGCUUCUCCCGGCCAUCAACGUCCUCCGCGCCCGCGCCCCCACAGCCGACGCACGCGUCGCCGCCGCCUCUCGCGCGGACGCACAUGCGCUCCGAGUCGCGCGCGCAGAUGCGCGGGCUCUUCCCGCCGCCGGCGCCGUCGCCGAUCGAGACCCCGGGCUCGGCGAUCGAGGUCCGGGUCGAGGUCGAGGUCGUGACGAACGAGGCGGUCGCGCGCGCCAAGCGGCGGUUCAGCCGGAAGUGGGUGCGCGAGCGGCGGGGGAAGCGGUCGACGGAGAAGGACUUCACCGAGAUCCUCGCGCAGCUGAGGAAGCUCCGGUGA